CGCCCUGUUUCCCUGCUUUGCAAGAGCCGAAAGCUCCAGUUGGGGUUAGGAGGCCCCCAGUCCGGAGCUUGUUUAGUAGUUCUUUGUGGCGCUGAGGACUUUGGAAAUCUCAAAUGGCCAAGCUACUACAAUCUCCGCCCAAGUUCCUGCCCUCAGAGUGGCACAUUGCUAACAAGAACCAGUACCACAGGGCAGAGGCCCAAAGGUCCCAAUCAGAACGCCUAGUGGCAGAAAGCCAGAGACUUGUGGAUGAAAUCGAUAAGACCACAAGGAAAUCUCAAAGUGAUGUGAACAAGAAAAUUGAACAGAGACUUGAGGAAGUCAGGUUCUGGAAGAAGGAAUUAGAUGACAAACUUGAGCAGCUUGUGAAUGAAACUGAGGAUCUACUCAAUUAUAAGACACGAGUGGAAAAAGCUCUGGAGAGCUUUAAGGAGCCCUUAUUCAUCACCGAGAGGUGCCUGGCUUACAGGGAGAAUCGUGUGGGGAUUGACCUGGUGAAUGAUGAAGUGGACCAGGAGUUGCAGAAGGAGGCCGAGAUCAUCCGGGGUGUCAUGGCCCUGUUGACCCGCACCCAGGAGGAGAUGUCAGAGCAGAUCAGGCUGAACCGCUCUGCCAAGUACAAUCUGGAAAAGGAUUUGAAGGAUAAGUUUGUGGCCCUGACCAUCGACGACAUCUGCUUCUCACUCAACAAUAACUCACCAAACAUCAGAUAUUCUGAAAAUGUUGUGAGGAUCGAACCCAACUCAGUGAGUCUGGAAGACUGGUUGGACUUCUCCAACACCAACGUGGAGAAGGCUGACAAGCAGCGGAACAAUUCCCUGGCCCUGAAGGCCCUGGUGGACCGCAUCCUAUCUCAGACAACCAGCGACUUGCGCAGGCAGUGUGAUGUGGUAGACACGGCAUUCAAGAAUGGGCUGAAGGAGAUCAAGGACGCCAGGGACAAGAUGGCUAUUCAUCUGGCCAAGGUCAUGGAAGAGAUUGCUUCCCAGGAGAAAAACAUUUCACUUCUUGAAAAAACCAUCCUUGAUCAGGAAGGGCCUGCCAAAGUGGCGCACACACGCCUGGAGACCAGGACCCACCGGCCCAACGUGGAACUCUGUCGUGAUGUGGCUCAGUACCGACUGAUCAAGGAGGUUCACGAGAUCAACCACAAUGUUGCACGAUUAAAGGAAACCUUAGCCCAAGCUCAGAUGGAGUUGAAGGGGCUGCAACGCAGACAACUUGCUCUGCAGGAGGAAAUCCAGGUGAAGGAGAACACCAUCUACAUCGACGAAGUGCUGUGCAUGCAGAUGAGGAAGUCCAUCCCACCGCGGGAAGGCGAUGAACUCACGGGCUGGGCCGGGGGUAUCCGCCCCGAGGCCGUCUGCUAAUAAAAUUUUUGUUGAACAAAAUCUUAUGACAGAAUUGUGACUUUGAGAGGUGGGGCUGUCCUUAGGUCACUGCAGGCAUGUCCUUGAAGAGGAUUGUGGAACUCCAUCUCUUCCUUCUCCUGGCUGCCUGGCCAUGAGGUGAGCAGUUUUACUCUGUCACACACUUGUGCCAAGUGCUGCCUCACCCAAAGCAACCAGGCCAACUAAUCUAAACUGUGAGCCUCUAAAACUGUGAGCCAAAAUAACCCUUUUCUCUUUGUAAGUUGAUUUUCUUAGAUAUUUGUUAUAGUAACAGAGGACUGGCUACCGAAGGGAGUAUCUCCACAUUUGUUUAUUCAUUCCCACAACAAGUAUUUACAGGGCUCCUAUUUACUGAGCCAGGGACUGUGCUAGGUGCUGAUAUUAGGGUGGAUAAGAGCUCUCUGUCCUCUUGGAACUCAAUCCAGAGGCUGAUAGUAAUGGUAAACAACAAAACCAUUUCCAGAUAGUGGAAAGUGCCAGGAUGGAAAUAGGUGAUAUGAUAGGUGGUAGAUGUCAGGCCAAGUGCAGGGCCACUUGAGAUUGGGUGGUCAGGGAAGAUCUUUCUGAUGUACUGACACUUAAGUUGAAAUAAAGGUGAAUAACAAGAAGAGGUGAGCUUGUGAGUACCUGGGGGAAACCAUCUCUUCUGUACUGUUUUGUGAACAGUCAGUGCAGUUGGAGAAAAGGGGUACAAGAUGAGAUCAAAGAGGUGGACUGAGGUCCAAUUAUGUAGACCAAAGUAAAGUUCAAGCCAGCUCCUGGAGAAAGACAGAACCAAGCAGGGGUGCCUAGGGAUGGAAGGUAGCUAGAGAGGAAUGAGUCCUCCAACUCAUAGAUCAAAAUAAUCCCGAGGGUGAGGGGCGUUUCUGAGGCCUGAAUUUUAGCCAAUCAGAGGCUAGGAGCGGAUCCAGGGGUCCUGGGUCCUUGACCUCUCCAGUCUGUCUCAUUUCUAUUCAUGCCAUCUCCCACGUGCUCAGGAAGGGAGACCUACAGGGAUUGUAGGGAAUUCUAUAUUCCCCUGGUUUCCUGGACAAUCUAGAAAGGAAAACCUGAUCUUCUAGCAUCCCAUCCCUUCCUUCAAGGAGAAGGGAGGAGUGACCCUUGCGGGGGAGAUAAUCCUUCCCACCUGUCUAGAUUGCUUUCCAGGGUGAUGCUCUUGCUCCUGUGGGGCAGUGGUGGUGGCCAGGAGGCCAGCUGUGGGCCAUGCUGAAGAGGGUGGCAAGCUCCAGAGUCCUAAAGGGCCUGAGGCACCUAGGUCGACUGGUUCUUCGGAGAGGGUCAAGUCCUGACCACAACACUGACCUCAUGGUACUGUGGUACUGAAUGAUGUGUGCGAGGUGGGGUGUGGCAGACAGACCUCGGUAGUCUCCCCUCAGCCCAGCUCCUUUGUGCAGUUACUCCGUAUCAUAGUGGUUUUUUUGUUGUUGUUGUCCUAUUUUUUAGCUUAAUAGUUAUACAACUCUGUAUAGUUUUUAAAAACAUAAAUAGUAUUGAUCUGAAUGUAUUGCCCUGCAACUUGCUUUUUACAUUUUAGCUAUCCUCAAGGCUGUUCAAGUGAAGACAGGAAGAUUCACACUAGUCAUUAACUUAUUACACUGCAGGGAAUUACCAGUCUUUACGUCACCCAUUCCCAGUGGAUGGACUUUUUAGUUGGUUGUAAUUUUCUGCUAUUAGUAACAACCCUUCGGUGAGCAUCGUUGUCAUUCCUUCCUGAAUUGUAUUUCUCUAUGGUUGUUUUAUUCUUCAACCACAGGCAAGCUAACAAUUACACUGAUGAAUGAUAAGGUUAGAAUGGGAUCUAACAAGGUUCUGAUGGGGACAGAUUGGAUGGAAGGGGAUAGGAUAAAUUCUCUAGGGAUGGCUUUGGCUCACAAAGCAAGCAGGCCUAGGCUCAUUCCUGGUUUUGGUCUCAGCUGUACAAGGAGCUUACUAAGGAAUGGUAGGUGGGUCCCAUCCCUGAUCUCAACCUUAUUUUUCUCAUUUGCAAAGAAAAAACAGUGAAGUUGAGUGAGAGGACCUGGUGAGAUUAUGUGUAAGGUUUCCACCUGCUGAAAUGCCUUGCAUUACCAAACCGUGGUCUAAAACUACACAAGGGAACUGCUAAAUUAAUUGCACAGCAUUAGGGUCAUAGCA